AUGAGUUUCAAAGGCUUCCAGAAGAGCAUUGCGCGUGCACCGCAACAGUUCAAGGUCAAGUUCAAUCUCGGUGAACACACCAAGGACGCUGUCUAUUCCGAUGCUGAACGCCGCUUCGACGAGCUGGAGAAGGAAACUAAGAAACUCCACGAUGAAUCUAAGAAAUACUUCGCCGCCAUUAAUGGCAUGUUGAGCCACCAGAUCGAGUUCUCCAAAGCGAUCGCCGAAAUAUACAAGCCUAUCUCCGGUCGCGCUUCCGAUCCCACCUCUUACCAAUUCGAAGGAAACGCAGAGGGCAUUCAGGCCUGUGAGGAAUAUGAAGUGAUUGUCCGCGAGCUGCAGGAGGCCCUGGCCCCCGAGCUAGAGAUGAUCGACAGCCGCAUCAUCAGUCCGGCGGACCAGUUGCUCGAGGUCAUUAAGGUGAUCCGUAAGGUCGCGGUGAAGCGAGACCACAAGAAGCUUGACUUCGACCGUCGCAAUGCGACAUUGAAGAAGCUCCAGGAGAAGAAGGACAAGGCGCUCAAAGACGAAAAGGCCCUUUACAAAGCUGAGAACGAUGUCGAGCAGGCGACGCAGGAAUUCAACUAUUACAACGAUCUGCUGAAAGACGAGCUUCCUAAGCUAUUCGCUCUCGAAGCCGAGUUCAUCCGACCCCUCUUCCAGUCCUUCUACUAUAUGCAACUCAACGUUUUCUACACCUUGCACGACCGCAUGCAGGGCAUGAACAUCAGCUACUUCAAUCUACAGCUGGAUGUCGAAGAGGCCUUCGAGCAGAAGCGCGGCAACAUCCAAGAACAGGCGGAGGCUCUGACCAUCGUCCACUUUAAGACCAAGGGUCUCGGCCGCUCCGGAUCGAAGCUUACUCCCCAUGGAAAGGACGCUGACAGCAAGAGCUCUCUCGGUCGCGGUCGUUCUAGCUCUACGGCAACAGACGAUAAUCCUCCUCCUCCUUACUCUUCUGCUGGUGUCAGCCCCAGUCCGACGGGAAGUAGCUUCUCCGCUGCUGCCAAGAGCAAGCCCGCCCCACCCCCUCCCAGGGCGAAGCCUUCUCACCUCAGUAACAAGCCGGUGGAAACCGUCACUGCUCUUUAUGACUACGAGGCUCAGGCACAUGGCGACCUCGGCUUCUCGGCCGGAGACGUUAUUGAGAUUAUCCAGCGCACGGAGAACACUAAUGAAUGGUGGUCAGGGCGAGUCGCUGGUCGGGAGGGCCAGUUCCCUGCCAACUACGUGCAGUUGAAUUAG